CGGCGGCGAAGGAAGCGAAGCGAAAGCCCUUUCCUAUCGACAGGAAGCAGGGAAAGCAACCGAGGGCGCCCCCACCCCGGGUCACGGAGAAGCAGCGGCCAGGAGAGGCGACAGGCCGGGCCCAGCUCUGCCCGCGCCGUCCCGCAGCAGCGCCCGGAGCCGAAGGGAGCGGAACAAGGGAAGGCGGGGUGCCUGGACGGGGCAGAGCCGCCGACGGAGCUGAUCCUGCGCUGGUGGGGGCUGCUGGCGGGAUGCCAUUAUUUGCGCCAUCCGUGGACAGGAAGACCUCAAAGGAGGAGGAGCGGUGCCUGCGGGCGAAUGACCGGUCCUUCAACCUGCAAUUCGAUUAUGCUAAAAACUCCAUUAAAACCUCCAAGUACAACCUGUUCACCUUUCUGCCUCUCAACCUCUUCGAGCAAUUCCAGCGUGUCGCCAAUGCCUACUUCCUUGUCUUGCUCAUCCUGCAGCUCAUCCCUGAGAUCUCCUCCCUCUCCUGGUUCACCACAGUGGUGCCUCUGGUCUUGGUCCUGACCGUGUCCGCAGUCAAGGAUGCCAUGGAUGACGUUAAUCGCCACGCAAAUGACAAGCAAGUCAACAACCGGCCAGUGAAGGUUCUGAUCAAUGGCAGUUUGAAGGAAGACUUGUGGCUCAACGUUGAAGUGGGAGACAUCAUCAAGCUGGAGAACAAUCAUUUCGUGACAGCAGACAUCCUCUUGCUCUGCAGCAGUGAGCCCCACAGCCUGACCUACAUUGAGACGACGGAACUGGACGGGGAAACCAACCUGAAGGUGAAGCAGGCGCUGACCGUCACGGCGGGGCUGGGGGGGGACCUGCAGGCCCUGAGCAGCUUUAAUGGGGAAAUCCGCUGCGAAGCCCCCAACAACCGGCUGGGCAGGUUCACUGGGACCCUCAUUUUCAAGAAGGAGAAAUAUGCCCUGGACAACGACCAGCUGCUGCUGAGGGGCUGCAUCAUUCGCAACACCGACUGGUGCUUUGGGCUGGUCAUCUUUGCCGGGCCAGACACCAAGCUGAUGCAGAACAGUGGAAAGACCACUUUGAAACGGACCAGCAUCGAACGCCUCAUGAACUACUUGGUCUUGGUGAUCUUCCUCUUUUUGGGCAUCAUGUGUUUGAUCCUGGCCAUCGGCAACUGCAUCUGGGAAUACAACCAGGGCUACCGGUUCCAGGUGUACCUGCCCUGGGCAACGGAUGUCAAAUCCUCAUUUUUCUCUGCAUUUCUUGUGUUCUGGUCCUACGUCAUCAUCCUCAACACCGUGGUGCCCAUUUCUCUCUAUGUCAGCGUUGAGAUCAUCCGCCUGGCCAACAGCUGUUACAUCGACUGGGACCACAAGAUGUACUACCCUCCUCACGACAUGCCCGCCCAGGCCCGCACCACCACCCUCAACGAGGAGCUGGGGCAGAUCAGAUACAUCUUCUCUGACAAAACGGGGACCCUGACUAAGAACAUUAUGAUCUUCAACAAAUGCUGCAUCGCUGGGAAGCUCUACGGAAGUACUCUGGGUUCAGAUGGAUUCCUGGUGGAGGACAUUGAGACAAUGGACAGAGUUGACUUUUCGUGGAAUCCUUUGGCCGACCCAAAGUUUGUCUUCUAUGACCGCAGACUGCUCCAAGCGGUGAAGGCCAGGGAUGAGUCCACACACACGUUCUUCCGCCUCCUUUCCCUCUGCCACACGGUGAUGCCAGAAGAAACGAAGGAGGGCACGUUGGUGUACCAAGCCCAGUCCCCGGACGAGGGGGCCUUGGUGACCGCAGCCCGGAACUUUGGCUUUGUGUUUCGCGCCCGCACCCCCACGACCAUCACUGUGGUGGAAAUGGGGGAAAUGGUGGUUUACGAGCUGAUGGCCAUUCUGGACUUCAACAAUGUGCGCAAAAGGAUGUCCGUCAUUGUGCGAAACCCGAGGGGUCAGCUGACUCUGUACUGCAAAGGGGCCGACACCAUCCUGUACAGCCUCCUCCAUCCCUCCUGCAAGGAGCUCGAGGAAGAGACCACCGAGCACCUGGAUGAGUUUGCUGGGGAAGGUUUGCGGACCUUGGUGGUGGCUUACCGACACCUGGAGGAGUCUUACUUUGAGGACUGGCGGAAGCGUCACCACAAGGCGAACAUCAGCUUGCACGACCGAGAGGGAAAGCUGUCCAAAGUGUACGAGGAGAUCGAGAGGGAUCUGCAGCUGCUUGGCGCCACCGCCGUGGAGGACAAGCUGCAGGAAGGGGUCCCCCAGACCAUCGAGAUCCUGGGAAGGGCACACAUUAAAAUCUGGGUGCUCACCGGUGACAAGCAAGAGACCGCAGUGAACAUCGGCUAUUCCUGCAACAUGCUGUAUGAUGCCAUGAAGGACAUCUUCAUCAUUCACGGAGACAGCUGGGAGGAAGUGGAGCUGGAGCUCAGGGCAGCAAAGGACCGGAUGCAAAUAGAUCUUGAAGUGAGGACGGAAGAACUGGACAUCGAGAGAUCGACCUCCUCCGGCUUCUGGAACAAAGAGCCCGCCAGCGGAGACUACGGCCUGAUCAUUAAUGGGCACAGCUUGGCUCAUGCGCUGGAGGGGGAGCUCUCGGAGUUGCUGGUGGAGACGGCCUGCCUGUGCAAAACAGUCAUCUGCUGCCGGGUGACUCCGCUGCAGAAGGCCCAGGUGGUGGACCUGGUGAAGAAGCACAGGAAAGCCGUCACCCUGGCCAUCGGGGAUGGCGCCAACGAUGUCGGCAUGAUCAAAACUGCUCACAUCGGCGUGGGCAUAAGUGGCCAGGAGGGGAUGCAGGCGGUGAUGUCCAGCGACUUCUCCUUCGCUCAGUUCCGCUACCUGCAGCGGCUGCUGCUGGUCCACGGCCGGUGGUCGUACAUCCGCAUGUGCAAGUUCCUGUCUUACUUCUUCUACAAAAACUUUGCCUUCACGCUGGUGCACUUCUGGUUCGGCUUCUUCUCCGGUUUCUCCGCCCAGACUGUGUACGAUGAAUGGUUCAUCACCCUUUACAACAUGGUCUACACCUGUUUGCCAGUGCUUGGAAUGAGCCUCUUUGACCAGGAUGUGGACGACCGCUGGAGCCUGCAGUUUCCCCAGCUGUACGUGCCCGGCCAGCAGAACCUGUACUUCAACAAGAGGGAGUUUGCCAAGUGCAUCCUCUACAGCAUCUACAGCUCCCUGGUGCUUUUCCUGGUCCCCUAUGGAACCAUUUUCGAUUCUAUGCGGAACGACGGGAAGGACGUUUCCGAUUACCAGUCCUUCGCCCUCAUGGUGCAGACCUGUCUGCUCAUCGUGGUGUCGGUCCAGAUGGGCUUAGACACAGCCUACUGGACGGCGGUGAACCAGCUCUUCCUCUGGGGCAGCCUGGCCAUCUACUUUGUCAUCACCUUCACCUUGUACAGCGACGGCACCUACCAGAUAUUCACCUCCUCCUUCCCCUUUGUCGGCACCGCCCGGAACAUCCUCAACCAGCCCAAGGUGUGGCUCUCCAUCUGCCUCUGCGUGAGUCUCUGCGUCCUGCCAGUCAUCGGCUUCCGGUUCCUGAAGAUGCAGCUCAUGCCGAGCCUCAGCGAUCAGGUGGUGCGCAAAGUGAGACAGCUCCGCAAAGCGCCCGGUCCGCCUGCUCUGAAGCGCUACCUGCAGCGCAGCGCCUCCCGCCGCUCCGGCUACGCCUUCUCGCACCAGCAGGGCUUCGGGGACCUCAUCACCUCCGGCCGUAACAUGCGGCUCAAGUCCCCCCCCGCCUCCUCGCCCGCUUUCUCGCCCUACGCCCAGAAGUACCGGCCGCGGCAGGAGAAGAGAGAGGGCGGCGCCUCCUAGCCCUCCCCGGCCUCAAGGACCCGCGUCUUCGCCUGCGGAGACGGCGCUUGGCCGGCGGACGGGGGGGGCGGGAGGCCUUUCAGAAGCGGAGUACGCAGCCGGGGGGCGCCCUGCCCAAAGGCCGGGCUGGGGAGGGGGCUUCUGGCAGCCCUGGGCGCUUCCAGGGUUCCACCUCCAGCCCGGCGGCUCUCCUGAAGUCUAGCGCUGCCCUCCCCCCCCCCCGCUGCUUCUGAAGGCUUCCCGAGCAAAGGAGGGAGGGGGGGCUGGAAGGGGCCCUGCCUGAGCUGAGACCCCCGGAAGGCCGGGUCCCCUGCCCCGUCUCCAGCCCAGGAGGAGGACGGAGUUGGUCUUGCGCGCACUGCCCGAAGGAAGAUGCUUCCUCCCUCGCGGAGAGUCUGGGCUUCCCGGGACCCGAGAGGAGAGGGGCGAUCAGGUCCAGCGAAGGCCUGUGUGGGGGGGCUCCUGGCUCAGGAAGAGGGGGAGCCCAGAACAAGCUUGGCAGGGGGCGUGCAACUGGCUGCAUCACCUGCAGGUCAAGUGGGGAGGAGACCCUGGAGACCCCCCUCUCCCAUCUCCUGUGCUGGAUGUGUGGCUUCCCCCUUGAGCCUUGGGGUGGGGGGGGGGAGAAAGAGGCACCCAUCACUACUUGCACCCAAGGCUGCCUUCUGAGAUUUGUUCACCCAGUCCGUGGAAGAGGCUGACCCACUAGUGGGUGGUCUGCUUUGCCCAAUGGCGCAUCUGGGCUGUGGGGCCAGAGUGGGGGGCUUGAACGUUGGUGCCUCAACACCAAGUCAAACGAGGCCAGAAAUGCUGUUGGCAACCAGCAAGUCACUCUUGUAGGGUUCUGGCAUCUUUAGACCCUCGAAGGUAGGGGGCCACGACUGGGGGUGGGGUGGGGGCUGGUAAAGGAGCUCCAUCUUCUGGGCUCCAGAGAUGCCGAGCCUGCUGGAAGAAGCUACUCCAGGGGAGGCUCCACCGCUACUGGCAAUUCCCUCCCCCCUUGGCCACUGCUGGGGUGGUCAGGCACCCAUCGUUUUCAGCAAUGGCCUCCAGCCUCCCAUGGCCUUAGUUGACCAGGCCAGAAAGCUGUGCUGCCCAGGCCAUUUGGAAGAAAGACACCCUGCCUCGUGCCCUCCCUUUGGGGGGCAUCCCUGGGGGGGGGGGGCUGCCAUGGGGUGGAAGUUGCCAGAAAAUUUGUCACACAAUGUUCCCCUGCUAAGGUGCCUUUUUUCCCAACAGCAUUUCUGUUUAAUUCUUAGGAGGGUAUUGCUUCAUCCAAAAUUAUUGCAUAAAAUGGUUAUGGAAAUUACGGUCAGCCAGGAUUAGGGAACGGAAGGGAUAUUAUGCCAGUAAAAUCUAAAUCCAGUGUUGUAAUUUUUUUACGCCCAUAUGUUUAUGCACACAGCAAUUGAGGCUUCCUGAAGGUAAUAUAUUUAUAAUGUUCAGCUUUUAAAAAAAUAAAUAAUAUAAUGGAA